AUCCGUCCGCGACAUCAUUCUUGUAGCAUGAUAUGCUAACCAACAGUGCAGAACGAGUUGAGCAUUUAUUUUCGUAAAAGUGUUUUUAUUUGGGAAGGAGGUAAAAUGUCUUUAUAUGAUGAUUUGGGGGUCGCAACGAGUGACACUAAAACAGAAGGAUGGUCUAAAAACUUUAAACUGCUUCAGUCUCAGCUGAAAGUGAAGAAAGCUGCAUUGACACAAGCAAAGACUCAGAGGACGAGACAGUCAAAUGUUCUUGCUCCGGUUAUCGAUCUAAAGAGAGGAAGUUCAGGGGAUGACAGACAGAUCUCUGAUACACCUCCACACAUCGCUGCAGGGAUGAAGGACUCUGUGUCAGGUGGGUUUUCAUCCGGAGAUGUGCUGAUUCCAUUGGCUGACGAGUAUGACCCCAUGUUUCCCAACGAUUAUGAGAAAGUGGUGAAGAGACACCGAGAGGAACGACAAAGACAGAGAGAGCAGGAGCGGCAGAAGGAGAUUGAGGAGAGAGAGAAAGAAGACAGCAUCUCUGCAACUUCUGAAAGUCAACAACAGUGUUUUACUGUAGCGUUACAUAAAAAGAAACGUAAAGAGAGGCAUGAAGGAGGGGGAGCUCCAACCGGAUUUUCACGUUUCCCGAAUCCCGAAGGCGAAUCAGAUGAGGAGGAGGAUUUUGAGAGAGAAAAGAGGAAGAGGAGUAUGGGUGGAGCUGCCAUCGCUCCUCCGACAUCACUAAUGGAUCGAGAAUCAUCAUAUUCAUAUGACGAAGAAGGUCGCCAGAGGUCGAAAGCUGCUAUCCCACCCCCUGUGUUUGAUGACUUGGAUAGACCACGGUCUCCCCCUGGACCAACUAAUUCAUUCCUGGCCAACAUGGGUGGUACCGUGGCUCAUAAAAUCAUGCAGAAGUAUGGAUUCCGUGAAGGACAGGGUCUGGGGAAACACGAGCAGGGCUUGAGCACGGCGCUGUCAGUGGAGAAAACCAGCAAGCGUGGGGGCAAGAUUAUUAUUGGAGACUCAACAGAAAAGACAUCUGCAUCCAGUCAGAAUUUGGCUGAUCCACAUGGCUCUAAUUCAGCGGAUCCCUCAAAGAAAAACGAUACCAACCCUCUUACAGAGAUUCUCAAAUGUCCAACAAAGGUGGUGUUGCUGCGGAACAUGGUUGGAAGGGGAGAGGUGGACGAAGACCUGGAAGGCGAGACUAAAGAAGAGUGUGAGAAAUAUGGCAAAGUCACCAAGUGCGUCAUCUUUGAGAUCUCAGGUGUGACUGACGACGAGGCCGUCCGCAUUUUCUUGGAGUUCGAACGGGUCGAAUCGGCUAUUAAAGCUGUGGUGGAUCUGAAUGGGCGGUACUUUGGAGGUCGGGUGGUGAAGGCCUGUUUUUAUAACUUGGAUAAGUUCCGUGUUUUAGACCUGGGGGAUCAGAUGUGAGUGGGAGAUCCAGACCUACACAACCAGGAAAGAGUAAACACCAGGAAGAAAUCGUUUCUGUAUAUAGCACGAGUAAUUUUAUACACCCUUGUAAAACAUUAGCUUAUGUGCCCCUUCCCGCAAUGCGUUUUGUAAUGAGGAUUUAAUUUGCUCUUUUUUUUUUUUUAUUCCUUCUUGUCUCUUUCCCUCUCUAACGUCACAGUUAAAAAUAUCCUUUUGUCCUGUCCUUGUGAAUAAGAUGUGAUGAAGAACCCAGAAUUAAAAAAGCUUUUGGGAGAAUAACUUUGAGGGUUGGUUCUGUUUAAAAAGGUAAAAUGUGUCUCUUUAAAUGUUCAACUUUUUCAUAUCUCUGCACUUUUAGACUUUCAUUGUGGUGCUUUCAAAGCAAUGGUGUGGGUUUUACGCGAAUACUCCAGUAGUUACUACAUGGUUUUACAGAAAAGAACAAUUGCAUACUGAUGUUGAAUGGGGUGAUGAUGAUGAUGGUUAUAAUGAAUGAGUCCUGGUUCAUGAUUUAUAUAACCAGACACCUUGUCCCUGUGCGACUCUAGAAAGUAGGAAACCUACAUUCCUCUGUUGUGACAUAACGGUGACUCCCAUGAGCCCUCACUCUAUGAUCCACACACUAUUGAUAGACUAAAAGUAUUAAGCUUUUUCUUAAUGCGUGUCUUGACCCUAAUGGAAAUAGGGUUUUGUGUGUUGCUCAAUGAACAGUGACUUCAGUACA